AGUUUCUUUCUGUUGUCAAUAUCACCAGGCACCUCUCGCUGGACGAGACUCUCGCCUCUUUCUGUUUUAUCUCUACACUUCUUUCUGCCUCUUUCUUUCAGCAUGAGGGACACAUCAUCCUUGUUGUUGCCCGCAGACAAGAACUGCCGCAACGUCGCCCCUCCGGAUGGUCACCACCGCUACUCGUCCUCGGCUAACCUCGACCUGGCAAACCCCAAUCUGCAACCAGAGGUCGAGGGUGGCAUCCCAGCUACCGCUACUCAAGGUGCACCACAGCCCCUUGGUCAGACAUGGGCUCCUGAGCAGGGCACGGGUCCGACCCUGGCCGAGCAGCGGGCUGCGACCCCCUCUCCCACAGAAGACGAGGUCAGAGUAUCGUUCUUCAGCGACAGCAGCAGCGAUGGUGUUGCUCCAACGGAGCCACUGUCUCCUCACAGCCUGCACGUCAGCCCCAGGGCCACCGCCCCUCGCGCCUCCUCUCCCGCAUCUCCCUUGGCCGCCGACAGCGACGAGCAUCAAUCUCCUUCUCCUGGCUGGGCUGACGGGGUGUCACCCGAGGAGCGAAUUCUCAUGACCAACAGCGCCAAUUUCGCUCGCGAUCGCCGCCGCCGUCGUGGUGCUGUCCAGUUUGAAGUCUCUCCUCUGGAACCUACUUUCCCUUCGCAGCCUUCGCCAAUCUCCGCCCCUUCUCCCCCUCCGCCUCAAGAUCGCCACCAUGGCAGCGAAGGUAGUAGUUCUCCGGCUACCGCUCGCUCCGCUACUCGCAGAGCAACACCUCGCGGUCGCCUUCAGCGUUCAUUCGUCCCCUCGGAGCGUGAGUGUGCUGGUGUGCUUCUGACGCCUGGACUUCUUCGUCGUCUCGGGCGCCCCUUCUCUGGCCCCUGGCAAGGUCCCUCGUCACCCCUGAUUUCGGUCUCGCUGGCUGCUACGCCUCCGGACAGUCGUUUGUCUCGCCUUCGUGAUCUCUUUCAGCGCCGCCGUUGAGUUGAGACAGAACCUGUGACUUCUGCUGGUGGACAUGUUUUUGCGUGUUUACACGUCGGCACCUUUUGCUUUGGGGGGCGUCUUGGUCUUAUUCUCUUCUCUUGAUACCCCUCUUUUCCUCCUUGUUAGACCUUUUAAUCAUGGGCUGGUCCCUUCUUGCACUUCGUCCUUCGUGCAAAAAAUCAGAUUCCACUUUCUUCCUUUCGAUCAUGAGACGAUAUGUUGUCUCUCACACCAGUGAGUAACG